AUGCUGCCUAAUAAAGUGGGCAAACAGCUUGGUCGCCCUACCUACUCUUUAACUGGAUGGUUGGUGACCAAAUUCUUCAAAUGGCACAAUCAAAUUUUGGAGGAGAAUGCAGUGAAGUUGUGCAACAUACAACCCAACGACACGGUGCUGGAGCUCGGUCACGGGCCGGGCUUCGGUCUGCAGGCGGCGUCGCAGCUCCUCACGGGUCCGGAGGGGAAACUGAUCGGUGUGGAUUACUCCCAAUACAUGCAUGAGAUGGCCAGUAAGCGCAUGAAGGAGCAAAUCUCCAAAGGAAAGCUUGUGUUGUAUUACAGUGAUUUGGUGACCAUGCCGAUAGAGGAAAACACGGUUGACAAGGUGUUUCACUGCAACUGUUAUUACUUCUGGCCAGAUCUGAAAGCGGGAGCGAGAGCGAUUCACAGAGUGAUGAAACCAGGUGGAAUUAUGGUUACAACUCUCAGACUAGACAGUGUUAUUAAAGCUGCUAAUAUGAAAGUGCUCACUGGAGAUAACUGGCGUCCUGAGGUCUACAUGAAAGCUCUGCAGUCCUGUGGAUUCACAGAUGUCCGAAUGGAGAAUAAAAGAGACAAACUCAUCACAUUUCAAGCUAUUUUUGCCACUGCAGUGAAGUAA